UAAUCCGUUAGUGAUUUUUUUUUUUUUUUAAUAUAUAAAUAUUCGCUCGAUCACUCGUGAAGGCUUUCUAAAAGUGUUAUCAUGGAUUUUGGCAACAUAAUUGAGUUUCUUGGAAACAGAACUAUCUUAAUUACUGGUGUAACUGGCUUCAUUGCCAAGAUUCUUUUGGAAAAAAUACUUCGGAUUCAGCCAAACGUGAAGAAAAUAUACCUUCUUAUAAGGGCUGCAGAUGCUAAGUCAGCCAACGCCCGUCUGCAAGACGAGGUGUUAGGAAAGGAGUUGUUCAAAAUCCUUAGAGAAAAAUUGGGGGCAGAUUUUGAUUGUUUUGUAUCUGAGAAAGUAACUCCAGUUAUGGGAGAUACAUCAUACGAGGACUUGGGAGUUGAUGCUAGUCAGUUGAAAGAGAUGUAUGAGGAUAUAGAUAUUGUAGUCAAUGUAGCUGCAACAACAAAGUAUGAGGAAAGGUAUGAUGUUGCAUUGGGUGUAAAUACCCUCGGAGCUAAGCAUGUGGUGAACUUCGCAAAGAAUUGUGCUAAAAUCAAAUUGCUCAUCCAUGUGUCAACCGCUUAUGUAUGUGGAGUGAAGGCAGGGUUAAUAUCUGAGAGCCCAUAUGCAAUGGGUGAGACUUUGAACGGUGAGGCUACCCUGGAUAUUGAUCUGGAGAAGAAACUUGUUGAACAAACUUUAAUCAAUCUUAUAGAAGAACAAGUUUCAGAAAAGACAAUAAGACAAAGGAUGAAGGAAUUAGGAAGCCAAAGGGCAAAAUUGUAUGGAUGGCCAAAUACUUACGUAUUUACUAAAGCAAUGGGAGAGAUGCUUGUAGGGAAACACAGGGGGAAUCUACCCGUAGUUAUCAUGAGGCCUACCAUUGUAUGCAGUACUUUGAAAGAUCCUUUUCCUGGCUGGCUCGAAUCUUGUAGGACUCUUGAUAUGGUUGCUGUUAGUUAUGGAAAAGGAAGUCUAAGUUUCUUCACCGCGGAUAAUAGUUCUGUCCUUGAUUUGAUCCCGGCUGAUAUGUUAGUGAAUUCGAUCAUUGUCGCCAUGAAGGCUAAUUUAGACCAACCUUAUUUGAGUAUAUACCAAGUGGGAAGUUCAUAUAGGAAUCCCAUAAACUUUGGAGAAUUGCAUGAAUUUCAUUUCCGCUACUUCACUAAAAAUCCUUGGAGCAAUCAUGAAGGUGGUACUAGCCCUGUCAAGAUAAGGAAGGCUCUAGUGUUAAGCAACGUACGCAUAUUCGAAAUCGUUCUCUUGCUAUGUAACUUUGCGAUACAAUUGGUUUUGAGUUUGGUCAGAAGAAUGGGUUGUACUAGCUUGCAACAAGCAUUGGUUAACUUUGACAAAAAGCUAAAAAUAACAAUGAGGUUGGUGGACUUGUACAAACCCUACUUAUUCUUCAAGGGCAUUUUUGUGGAUACAAAUACGGAAAACUUGCUCAUAACUGCCCGUCUAAAUGGUUUAGAUGAAGAUAUUUUCAACUUUGAUCCCAUGUCCGUGAAUUGGAAACACUAUUUUUUCCAAGUUCACCUUCCAGCAGUUGUUAAAUAUCUCUUCUAGUAUAUAUGUACGUAGGGCUUUCACCCUCUAUCCCCAACCAUUAUAUUUGAACAAAACUCAUGGCAAUACACACUUUUCGGCUUUAUCCUUUUUCUUUUUUUUAUUAUUCUACUCAGCUACUAUACAUUUCUCCACAUCAUGUGAGAUCUUGUUAGAUUUAAUUAUUACA